CUUAGAUCGACUCAUGAAUCAAACUAAUUAAGAACCCAAAUAAAUCAAAAUAUGGAAGUAAUAACAGGAAAAAUAUACACUUUUAGUAAUUAAUGAAAUAUUCAGAUGUCCAAUGGGAAUUUUGCUUAAUUCAUGGAUAGUAUUUGGAAGAUGAUUCCCACCGAUAACCUUAAGCAAAGUUGUCGGUUGCCAACUUUUGUCUUGAUAACUAGCUAAUGAAAAGUACAUACGAAAGAAAAACAUGUUCUGUGUUUCCUUUAUUCCUCCUAAUUGACAUGAAAAGUUACAAAAUAAAAAUUCCUGUAAAUAAUAUUCACAGUCGAGAUCUUCUAGAAAAAAAGCAUAAUGGUACAUGUAUUCACAAGGACUUAUUAGCGUUAACAUAACGGACUCUUGGGUUUUUUACAAGAAAAUAUGGC